UAUAUUAAAAGUGUAAAUAUAUUAUUAAGUUACAAAAACAAAUGUAUAUAAAGAUAUAUAUGUAUAGAAAAGUGUUAGAGAUCUUUGUAUUGUGCUGAUGUCUUUUAACAAGUAAGUUAUAGAUAUAAUUUGUAAUUAAGGCGUUUAAUCGCAGAAUUGAAUUAAAAUUACUAUAUGUAGAGUGCAUAAAAAAUUAUAUAGAAUCAACAGAACAAACGGUAAGAAACCUGUUUAGGAAUCAAACUUUUCAAACAUUAUAUGCUUUUAAAUUUCGAAACUAGUGCCAAAAAAACUUGUAAGUUAAGAAAAUAGUUAGAUUAUCUUUUUAAUUUCUAUCGACAAUUUACUUUUAUAUGGAAUAGUUUAUUCAUUUAUUAAAAAAAAAGUUUUUAGUUUCUUAAAUGAGAAUUAUUUUAUAUCAAACUUGAUGCAGAAUUAUUAAACAUUCUCGAUCACUGUGUGAUUUUUAUUGAGAAUUCUGCAACUACGCGCCUUAAUCGAUCAAAGGAUGUUAUUGACGAAACUUAUGUCUCAUCGCUACGAUGAACCUGUUAAAUCAAUAUUAGUCUGUUGGUCGUUGUAACCCAUCUCAAAAAAUGUCGCGGUGUCUAUGUUGGCGUUAGUUGAAAAAUAAAUUUAGUACAUGUUUCGUCGUUUCAGCACAUAAAAAAGUUAAAUAAUAAACAAUACUUUAAAUACGGAUAGAAGAUGUGUCUCUGUCUUGGACCGGUCAAGUCGGGCAAAACCUUUCUGAUGAAGAGUCUUCAGGGAGACGACAUCGACGACGCAACUCAUAGCGUGUCCACCAACGGGAUUAACUUAUUUACCGUGAAAAACGAGACCGGCGAGUUCGACAUGGUGAUCAAAGAGAUCGGAGGUAACAUGGCGCCAAUAUGGAAGCAUUACUUUGACAAGAUUCAUAAAAUCAUUUACGUGAUAGACACCAGUAAUCUUUGCCAAAUAAGUGCGGCCGGUGUCCUGCUCUAUUCCUUUCUCGUAGAUCCGCGUUUGCGAAACAUAAAGAUCGCCCUUAUAUUGAACAAAAUGGACGUCUCGUAUCGUCAGAUGAGGAACGAGGCUCUACUGAUGCUGCAGUAUGUGCGUCUGCAGAAAGAGGUGACACAGAAGAUCACCGUGCUGGAAACCAGCGGGAUGACGGGUCAGGGAAUCGAAGAACUCCGUGGCUGGCUAUUCGAUCCGGAAACGCUUCAGGCCACUCUCAACGCCAACAAAUAAGCUAGCGUUGUUUUAGCUUCAAAAA